UCGCCAUCGCCAUCAACCGAAAAAAUGGCAGCGGAAGGAACAUCUGCCCCCUCCCAGUGCUCGUUUUGAAGCUUAUAAAAUGACUGUUGCCGCGGCUAAGGCCGCGUUAGAAGCUGCGAGACUACCCAGACCUCCAGCGCCACCGCCGGCGUCAUCGGUUCCACCACCACCGGCCCUACCACCCCAGGGACCAGUUGCAGCAUCACCAACAACGCCUCCGGCUCCUAGUGCAACUCCUGGGGUGGCUGCAGCGGCUGUAACGGACUCAGCUACUCCCACUACAAUUCCCGCAGCGAACGCUGCAGUGGGAAGCUCGCCCCAGAACCCUGUUGUUCAGCCCGCGCCGAAGAAACGGAAGAAACAGAGACGCGUAGUUUGGAUAAUUGAGGAGAGCUCAUCCGACGGUCUCAGCAGUGAUGAUGACAGCGACGGUACGGCGAACAAGAAGAACACGGAAGCCGUUCUGAAUACGCGCAUCAACCUGGCCGCCAACGCGGGAGGUACCAACAUGGCCUUGCAGGGUAGCGGUCCUGGGCUGUCUACGUCGGGAACAAGGAUAAAUAACGGAUUCCCGGUUGGAGACGAAGGAGAGGAGGAAGACAACGGCGCGCAACAGUUUCAACUAAUGAUGCAAGUUCCACAGUUUGAGGAUUUGUUUGGUCCACACUUCCCCUUUCAUAACCUGUUAUCGAAGAAGGACAAGAAAGGCAAGAAGAAAAAGAAAGGGGAGAAAGGAAAGAAAAAGGAGGAAAAGACGCAGGAUGAGCAGGUCGGUUCAGAUGUUCUGACUGCUCCAGAAGAAGUUAUUCGUCUAGAGAUCGUGGACGUCACACCUGGAUCACACAAGGCUGGAGGUCAGCCAAUCGAAGAGGCUGAACAGUAUACGCAAACCAGCUUAGGCAAGCAAGUGCUGGAAGUUGAACGAGAAAUGUCGAACGAGGCUUACCAUUCAAAGUUCAGCUACGCACUACUUGGGUUCACCCUUGCCCUAGUACUUGUCCUUGCCGUUGUUGUCAUUUCUCGCGUUGUUCGUGGUACGGAUAAGGGCAAUGAUACGCCGCAGAACACGACAGCACAUCCAUAGAUCAAUUCCUUGCACUGUUGUCCCUUCAAAGCAUUUAUCUGUUCAGUUAAAUGAACGACACUACGCUGCAUCUGACCGUCAGCAAUGCGGUGCACCUGGCCACGAGAAAUAAAGGAACAAAAAGUA